ACCCUGGUUUAUUAAAUUAAGCUUCAGCUGAAGAAUUGGGAACACUGCCAAAGUAAAAACUACAUUUCCCAAGGGACAGCACGGCACGUCACAAAAGGAGGGACCACGCACGCGCACGGGGGUCCUCUCGCUGCGCCUCGGCUCAUGAGAGAGGAAAGCGCGUGUAGGUCUUGACGUGCCACUAAUCUUCGAACGCAAGUGCGUUACCUUCCGCGGGCUCUGAAAAGGAGUUCGAGGGACGCGCCUAUUUCCCGCUGUCGCAAUUUCCAGCGCGACGUGCCUGUUUCGUCCGUGACACGUUACAGGAGGUCAGACACUGCCCCCACACCAUUUGUACAACUAACCAGAGUGGUUGGAGACAUUGGAGGCCUGGAAAUCCAGAGAGCAGAGCUCUGAGAAGCAGUGUGUGGCCAGUGCAGCGGAGCAGUCCAGAAACUGACAGGCACCCCUUAUAUACCAUGGCCCUCGUGUCUGCUGACUCCCGUAUUGCAGAACUUCUCACAGAGCUCCAUCAGUUGAUCAAGCAAACCCAGGAAGAGCGUUCCCGGAGUGAACACAACUUGGUAAACAUCCAGAAGACCCAUGAGCGGAUGCAGACAGAAAACAAGAUCUCUCCCUAUUACCGGACAAAGCUGCGUGGCCUCUACACAACUGCCAAGGCUGAUGCAGAGGCUGAGUGCAACAUCCUCCGGAAAGCCCUAGAUAAGAUUGCUGAGAUCAAGUCUCUGUUGGAAGAGAGGCGGAUUGCGGCCAAGAUCGCAGGCCUGUACAAUGACUCUGAGCCACCUCGCAAGACCAUGCGCAGAGGGGUGCUGAUGACCUUGCUGCAGCAGUCAGCCAUGACCCUGCCUCUGUGGAUCGGGAAGCCUGGAGACAAGCCCCCACCCCUUUGUGGGGCCAUUCCAGCCUCAGGGGACUAUGUGGCCAAACCUGGAGACAAGGUGGCUGCCCGGGUGAAGGCCGUGGAUGGGGAUGAGCAGUGGAUCCUGGCCGAGGUGGUCAGUUAUAGCCAUGCCACCAACAAGUAUGAGGUAGAUGACAUUGAUGAAGAAGGCAAGGAGAGACACACCCUGAGUCGGCGUCGCAUCAUCCCUCUGCCCCAGUGGAAGGCCAACCCUGAGACAGACCCUGAGGCCUUAUUUCAGAAGGAACAGCUCGUGCUGGCCCUGUACCCCCAGACCACCUGCUUCUACCGUGCCCUGAUCCACACGCCCCCACAGCGGCCCCAGGAUGACUAUUCGGUCCUGUUUGAAGACACCUCCUAUGCAGACGGUUACUCCCCUCCCCUCAAUGUGGCCCAGAGGUAUGUGGUGGCUUGUAAGGAGCCCAAGAAAAAGUGAAGCAGGUUGGCAGACUCACAGUCUCCUACCACUUUUCGGGGGAAGACAACAAAAGAUUCUCUGUGAUCAAAUAAAUAUUCUUUCCCCAUUA